AUGAAGGGGAUGAAGCGUUUUGAGAAGAAGGGCAAGUUAUGCCCUAGAUUUACAGGGCCUUAUGAGAUUCUCGUAAAGGUUGCACUAGUAGCUUCCAGUUUAGCUUUGCCUCCAGCAUUAGCAGCAGUUCAUAACGUAUUCCACAUUUUUAUGUUAAGGAAAUACGUUUCAGACCCGACACAUGCCCUUAGUUAUGAAGCCCUAGAGCUCCAACCAAAUUUGUCAUAUGAAGAACAACCGGUGCAUAUCCUUGAUAGAAAGGAUAAAGUCAUUCGGAAUAAGAAAAUAGCUUUGGUUAAGGUACUCUGGAGAAAUAGCAAGGUGGAGGAAGCUACAUGGGAGUUCGAGUUUGAUAUGAGGGCUCAAUAUCUGGAGUUGUUCAGGUGUUUCAGAGCUUAUGGUGAAGCUUGGGGUUGUUUUGAUUUGAAAUGA